AUGAUUGCCUUGUUUCUACCAAGGUUAUCUGACGAAAUCAAGAAACGACGUCGCCGUGUUCGUGCGCCUGUCUUCGGGAGAGGCUCGAUUCAAGUCGCCAAAGAUUGGCUAAUCGAAUACAAGAGCGUCACCGACCAUCUGAAAUUCACGGAGAGGGAACGCCUGGAUGACAUGGAGGUACGAUUCAAGAGUGUUACCUUGACUUGGUAUAACUGCCUGCUACCGGAGAAAAAUUGCAUUCCGUUUCAUGCAGGCGCUGGCCAUAUCCCAUUUGAACGAUGCCACAACACCCGAUCCCUCCACAGCACUCGCCACAUUCGCGCCACGGCCAAGUUACGAGAAAUCAACAACAAGGAUGUCACCAAGCAUUGGGCUACUCUCGUGAUCUUUGUCACAGUGCUCCAAAGGCAAUGGACUGUAACACCAAUGUGA